GACAGGGCUGUAGCCUCCAUCUAGUCUUGGUGGCGGGGCUGAGGUGUUGACCACAGGAUGGUGAAGGGGCCGUUCGGAUCUAAACUCCCGCAUCAAUGGAGCGCCAACCGGUACGUCGAGAUACCUCUAGAGACAAUCAAACAUGGCCACAGGAUGGACCCCCAGGAGAGGAUCUUCCUAGACGCGGUGGAGAAGGGGGACAAGUCAAGCGUCAUCCGCUGCCUGAGCAGCCAGCCGGCCGUCAGCGUCAACUGUACAGACAUGCUGGGCCGCUCGGCCAUACAGAUAGCCGUGGACAAUGAGAACAUUGAGCUGGUCGAGCUGCUCCUGAGGCAGGAGGGUGUUAAGAUAGGCGAUGCCCUGCUGUAUGCCAUAAGAGAAGGCGUCUACAGGAUCGUGGAGAUGUUGAUAGAACACCCGUCCAUCUCCAGGGAAAUGCUCGGUGCGGACUGGUCUCGAACCCGCUACGUUGAUGAUGAAAGUUUUGAUUACUCACCAGAUAUAUCUCCAGUGAUGCUGGCGGCCCACUGCAACCAGUUUGAGAUCCUUCAGCUCCUGCUGGUCCAUGGCGCCAACAUCGACCGUCCGCACCAGCUGUCGUGUUCAUGUGCUCGCUGUCAGGCCAGGGUCCAUGAAGACAGUCUCCGCCACUCCCUGCUGAGGAUCAAUACGUACAAGGCCCUGGCCAGUCCUGCCUGGAUCUCCCUGACCAGCGCUGACCCCGUCCUAACGGCAUUUCAACUCUCCUGGGAACUGGACCAUCUGGCUCUCAGGGAAAACGAAUUUAAAGACACCUAUCUCCAGCUGGGCCAGCAGUGCCGGAAGUACGCCUGUGACCUGCUGGAUCAGUGCCGGAGCAGUGAGGAGGUCACUGCUGUCCUCAACAGGACCAGCGAGGAGGACCUGCCCCAGGACACAGACAAGUUGACCUUGUCAAGGUUAAAGCUGGCCCUCAAGUUUGAGCAGAAGCAGUUUGUGGCCCACCCACACUGCCAACAACUGCUGACCUCUAUCUGGUACGCCGGCCUGCCGGGGUGGAGAAAGAGGAAUGGCGUCAUGAAGUUCCUCACUUGCAUCGGCCUCAUACUCAUCCUCCCUCUCAUGUCUUUCUACUACCUCAUCUUCCCAAGGUCACAGAUAGGUCAACUACUUCGCUCUCCGUUCAUGAAAUUUCUCUACCACAGCGCCAGUUUUGGAGUCUUCCUCUUCCUGUUGGUGUGUGCCUCCACUGACGUCAUUAACAGCGUACCCAUGAGGGACAGGCUAAGGGGGCCCGAACCCUCGGGGCUGGAGUGGAUGAUUGUCUUGUGGGUCACAGGUUUUGUGUGGGCUGAGUGCAAACAGCUGUGGGACGAGGGUCUGAAGGCCUACAUCCGCCAGUGGUGGAACUGGCUGGACUUUAUCAUGCUGUCUCUCUACCUGGCCACCUUCGCCCUCAGGGUCGUCGCUUACUUCCAGAUCGAGUCAGGCAGGUACGGCGACCGGCUGAUGGAGCGCAAAGACUGGCCGGUCAAUGACCCUACGCUCAUCUCUGAAGGCUUGUUUGCAGUUGCCAAUGUUUUCAGCUUCGCAAGGAUUAUCUACCUUUUUCAGGCCAACCAACACCUGGGACCUCUACAAAUUUCUCUUGGCUGUAUGCUAAUCGACAUCGCCAAAUUUCUAUUCAUCUUCUUCCUCGUCGUGUCGUCGUUUGCUUGCGGUUUGAACCAGCUGUACUGGUACUAUCAAAGUACAGCAGACAGCACUGAGGAGGACAUGUUUUUCACGUUGUUCUCGAGCUACGUGACGUUGUUCUGGUCCAUGUUCAGCCUGACCACGCCCAGCAAGAUGGAGCUGAAGAGCACCCAGGUGUUCACGAUGACAGUGGGUGAGCUGAUGUUUAUGGCCUACCACGCCAUGGCCAUCAUCGUCCUCCUCAACAUGCUCAUCGCCAUGAUGUCCAGCUCCUUCCAGGAGAUUGAGAACCAUGCCGACAUGGAGUGGAAGUUUGCUCGCUCUAAGCUGUGGAUGGGCUACUUUGACGAGGGCUCCACCCUCCCUGCGCCCUUUAACCUGAUCGUCAGCCCCAAGUCCCUCUACUACCUAGUCACGUGGGUGAGGAGCGUUAUCUGCAGGCAUACGUCACGUGGUGAUUCCAGACAGCGUAAGUCGUCGGAAGGAAACAUCCGGUCAAAGCAAACAGUGGCGCCAUCUGAACUGAAGGUGUUCAAGACUAAACAGAGCGCCGAGCUGUACAGUGAAGCCCAAGUUAGACCUUCCAGUGCCGGCCUUGUCAACAUUCCGCAAGUAGAACCCGCGUCAGCCAAGAUAGACAGUGGUCAGCAGUACCAGGACGUGAUGAGGAGGUUGAUCUGUCGCUACAUCCACCAGAGCAAGAAGAUGUCGAGACAAGAUGGCGUCAGCGAGGACGAUCUUUUGGAGAUCAAACAAGAUAUUUCUAGUCUCAGAUUUGAGCUUCGCGAGGAUCGGAGACGUGAAAUGAUUCGAACAACUUCUCACAUGGACAGCCUAAGACGUGACCUUCACCACACGCUGGGUCGGCUCUCGCCCAUCCCACCCACCACCACGCUGGUUAACGGGCUCUCACCCAACCACACCCUGACCGCACCCAACCACACCCUGACCGCACCCAACCACACCCUGACCGCACCCAACCACACCCUGACCGCACCCAACCACACCCUGACCGCACCCAACCACACCCUGACCGCACCCAACCACACCCUGACCACACACUGUGGAAGAACACUUUACAUGCCGCAGUUCUCGCAAGAAACACGUUCUAUAAAUAGCUCAUACGAAGCGCCCGACAGGCCUGGCGGACUGACCUUGGUUGACCUUGACUGGCUGAAGUCGGAGAUUUUGGCAGGCGUCAGGCAAGAGCUGAAAGACUUACUUCAGCAUACGGCGCCAGUCGAGCGGAAAUAUCCAGCGUUGUCUUCGUCCCAUCCACAAAUAGCAUCCGUGGCCAAUCCAGUGUCAUCCAGCAGUGACCUGUACCACACCCACCUGUACACACAGCUGUGAGCAGCCAAUCAAAACUCUUGAAUCUUGUCACGUGAUGUCCUACCUCAAGCAGUUGAGUGACCCUCUCCCCCUCCCAACAGUUCUGUCUCCUUGAAAGAUGUGUGUACCUCUUUAAAAAGACAUUUUGAUUACAUUAUUAAUCAUUAUAUUAUUAUUACAUUAUUAAUCAUCUAAAACUAAAAACCGACAAUCUUUAUAUAGGAGAAUACUUUUUCUUUUAAUUGUGUUUAAUAACAUCUAGGAUGAACAUCUUGAAAUUCUUAAAUCCGGCUCUAAUGGGUACGGCUAUCACCUGAGGAAUUCGUACACCGCCAAACGCGUGACCCGUCCUGGCGUUCUCUGUGAAACCAAAAUUCAUGGCCACGAUAAAACAAAGUUCUUAUAGCUUUUUUGGCGUGCUAUACUCUUCAAGAUUCUUCAUGGUUUUGAGAUAGAGGGGUUUAGAUGACAAGGUGUCGCGGGAGCAAGCUACUCAGCUGAGAAGCGAUACAAGAUGCUGCACGAAAAAGUACAACGUGCUGUCCAGACAUAUGGUCAAACAGAUGUACUGACAUAUUUGCGUGCUAUAGCACAUCUGUCAUUUCGUUAACCAUUUUAAGUAUUUCUUCUUUGGCAAGAUUUUUAUAAUUUUUUUUAUUCUUUCUAUAUGUAUUUUCAAGUACAUCUACAUUAUUUAUUUGUGAAACUUGCUAUAUGUCGCAUUAUUUGUAUUCCAUUUAUCGUUCAAAUAAAUCUAUGAGGCCUAGCACCAACCUUUAUGU